UAUCAAUGCAAACAUCAAACCAUUGUAUAUUAAAAGUAUUACUAUUACAAUAAUUAUUGUUGAUUUUAUAAUAAAGUGAAACAAGUCAAAAACGUGAAGGUUUCUAACUACCUAUCUAAUAAAAUAAUAGUAGAAUAUUGAAAUAAUACUUAUUGUACUUACGUAAUUUUUUAAAUUUUUAAUUAGAAACUGCAUAAAGUUGAAAUAAUACGGCACAUAAUAAGAAAUAAUUUCUACUAAAAUGAACUAACUCAUAAAUGAACUAACAAAUCUUUAACUAGUUUUCUAAUAAAGUGAAAUAAAUCUGAAAGAAUACACUUUUCUAAAAAGCGAUAGCAAAUAAUAUACUUACUCGUUAGUAAAACAGAGAAUUGUUUCGUAUUGUAUCACUUUCUUUGAAAAUACCGGAUAUCUUACCUCCAAACACAGCCGGAGUAUAACUGAAUUCCACCACUUUACGAGUACCGGUUUGUGCAAAGGCGUUAGUAAAAAAGAGCGGGAAAAUCAUUUAUCUCUCUCAUUUUCAUCAUUUUAACCUGGCUGUUAAACGGAACAGGUUCUUCUCGUCUAGUUAUUUCACUUUAUGAUUAAAUCUCGAAAACCACGAAUUUUGAGUUAUUUCGCUUUUUUAUUAAAGGUGCGAAAUGUUGGCUAUAGGCCUAAGAAAGCGAGCAUUUUUACACGGGAGCAAUUUGAAAAAUUUCUGAUGGAAGCACCGGAUGAAGAAUUUCUAGUUCACAAGGUCGCAAUGAUAUUGGGAAUAUCUGGUGCCUGUAGAAGAGAAGAAUUAUAUAAUAUUACUAUGAAUGACAUCCAACAAACCGAUGGUUUAAUGAUUGUAAAAGUACCCAAUACAAAAACGAACAUCCAGCGUACUUUUACAGUCGUUAAUAAACCAGACGAUAAAAUUCCAUAUUUAGAAAUUCUGCAAAAGUAUAUAAAACUUCGUCCAUUACAAGUAAAAUCAAAUCAUUUGUUCGUAAGAUACGCCAAAGGAAAAUGUUGUGCUCAAGUAAUAGGGAAAGGGACAAUCGGGGGCUGGCCUUCUCAAAUUGCCAAAUUCUUAAAUUUGCCUAAUCCUGAGAACUAUACUGGCCAUUUGUUCAGGAGCACAUCAGCAACGCUUUUGGCUAAUAAAGGUGUUGAUGUCCUCGGAUUAAAGCGUCAUGGAGGUUGGCGUUCAUCGACAGUGGCAGAAAGCUAUGUAGAAGAUUCUCUUCAAAAUAAAAUAGAUUUUGCCGAAAAAAUAUUGUGCAAUACUAGUAAUAUUACUAAUGUAUGCGAUUCUGCAGGAGUUUCUGUUAGAAGUGAAACCACAGCCCAAACAAGUGGGAUUUCAUUAAAUAAUUAAACAAAUUGUACCAUAAGUUUCAAUAUUAAUAAAUAAUUCCUUAGUUUUC